CCAGCCCACGCCCUCCUAGAACUGAGCCCCAGUGGGCUCCGCCCUUGCUGGCCGCCCAGCUCCAAUGGGCCGGGCGACAACACGGCAUAAAGCAGCAGGUACCCUGCCAACAGAACCCCGCCGCCUCCCAGCUUGCAGCCUGCGCAGUGCGAGGACCUUGCCCGCCACCAGCGUCGCCUUGGCAACCAGCAGCCCAGUCAAUCAGCGCGCCACCGCCGCCGCCGCCCUGGCUGCCAGAAAAGCACUGAUCGUACUGGCCCACCCAGAGAGGACAUCCUUCAACUAUGCCAUGAAGGAGGCUGCUGUAGAGGCUUUGAAGAGCAAAGGAUGGCAAAUCACUGUGUCGGACUUGUAUGCCAUGAACUUCAAUUCUGUCAUCUCCAGAAAGGACAUCACAGGUGAGCUGAAGGACCCCGGGAACUUCCAGUAUCCUGCUGAGUCUGCUCUAGCUUAUAAAGAAGGCCGUCUGAGCCCAGAUAUUGUGGCUGAACAAAAGAAGCUGGAAGCUGCAGACCUUGUGAUUUUUCAGUUCCCACUGCAGUGGUUCAGCGUGCCUGCCAUCCUGAAAGGCUGGUUCGAGCGAGUGCUCAUAGCGGGGUUUGCUUACACAUACGCUGCCAUGUAUGACAAGGGACCUUUCCAGAAUAAGAAGACUGUGCUCUCCAUCACCACCGGUGGCAGUGGCUCCAUGUACUCUCUGCAGGGUGUCCACGGGGACAUGAACAUCAUUCUCUGGCCAAUUCAGAGCGGCACGCUGCAUUUCUGUGGCUUCCAAGUCUUAGAACCUCAACUGACAUACAGCAUUGGGCACACUCCUGCCGAUGCCAGAAUUCAGAUCCUGGAAGGAUGGAAGAAGCGCCUGGAGAAUAUUUGGGAUGAGACACCACUGUAUUUUGCUCCAAGUAGCCUUUUUGACCUAAACUUCCAGGCAGGAUUUGUAAUGAAAAGGGAGGUGCAGGAUGAGCAGAAAACCAAGAAGUGUGGCCUUUCUGUGGGCCAUCACUUGGGCAAGCCCAUCCCGACUGAUAACCAGAUCAAAGCCAGAAAGUAAAAUGCACAGGACUUCCUUCCUUCUAAAAUGUAACCAAAUCUAUUGUUCUUUUCAAGCUUGACUUAAUUUAGUUUUUAAGAUUUGUGUUUUACUUUCUCCAUGAGGAAUGAAAAGGAGAGAGAAUAGACUGUAUUCAUACCUUUUUGGAUAGUUCUAUUAAAAGUAACAUUCUUACGAUUGCUAUGGUGGCAAAAGCUGAUUAGGCUCUACAGGCCAUUGAAGACAAAGUAGAAAAAGAUAGAAAGAUGCCAGGCAAUCCUCUUUAAGGUCCUCCACACAAUUUAACUCUUUUGAGGGAUAAAUUUUUUUAAAGCUGAAUCUGUCUAGACACAUCCAACUCUUCAAUGAUCUAUUUUUCUUUUAAUUAUCUCUCUGUGGUUUAUGGCAGAAGGGAAUUAAUUGCUCGAAGAAAUGACUGAAUCUGACCUAAGGGACUUGUUUAGUAGUUACUAAUCUAUGCUUUGUUGUGAUGUAUAUUGGCUUUAAUUACAACAUAGUGACUAAUA